CCCAGAAGUGGAAUAUAAUCUUUGCAGAGUGACGAUGUCCACGACCGCUAAACUGUCCUUCGUAGCUGCUUGUUUCGCAAGCGGGGGUCUGAUCGCUUACGUCCACUACAGCCAGGCCGCUGACCGGGAACGGCUGCACGAAGGUGUGAGGCGAGACGUCGAACGGCAGCGCCUGAAGGGUCUAUCGGAGGCCGCAGGCAGCGAGACGACUGUUAUCGAUACAACGGCGGGAUCUGGUGGCACUUUGCAACGGUGAUAAAAUGGUAGGAAAAGAAGUCACCUAAUCUUUUGCGGGGUUGAUAUUUUGCGUAGUGCGUAAUAGAAAUGCGUAAUAUCGUGCUGUACACGGGAAGUUCACUUGAAAAUCUCUUUUUCUCUUCAUUUGAAAUAAAAGUGGAAAGGUUUGUAUCGAUUGUUCAUUGUGCUGAGAAGUUGGAACUUCUUUUC